AUGAACCCCAGCUCUCAAUUCAACGAAGAGAAGAUCUCUUCUGGGUCCCUCAUCCCCACGAUCCCAGCAAACACUGGUCGAUAUGAGGUCAGAGUGAAAGUCGAGCGCUCCUACACGACUAUCCAACCCGGGAUGUUCUUGUCGCAUCUUCCCACUUACUUGCCACCAAAGUGGUGCGAGACCGUGCACCCUGAGGGGCAACGCUACUUUCAUCGCACCUCUGGUCUAUGCGUUGUCACAGAUUCGUGCCUCCAGGAAGCCAAAGUGGCUGAGCAAAUCCGCUUCUGGGCUGAGAAAGUCGAGCAGCUGGCGAAAGAACGUGAUUGCCAAAUCCCAGAGACAGCCGAGCUCUACCUGCAACUAUCUGGAGAGGACUGCAAUUACUACCUUGUGGAUCACGCAACGAGGACAAUUUUUUGGCUCGAACCGUGCGACACUGCCGAACUUGGUUUGCAUCCUACCAUUUCCGCGUCUCAUCUCCAGCUCGUCCUCGAAACACAAUACUGGUCGCAUGUCGAGAGCUUCUGCAUGCACCGGGCGUUGCCAGAGAAAGCGAUUAAUGACCUUAUCCUUAUUUUUACACACGGACUUGCUGAUACCCUCUCUUCUGCUCUCUCUACCUUCCCCUACGAAUCAAAGGAAUGCGAAAAGUACCUCAACCUGCUAAAAUCUUCCCGAGAUCAAAUCAGCGAGGGAUGUAUUAUUACCAUGGUAGCUCGUCUUUGGGGCGUCAUCACCUAUGCCCGCUAUGAAACCCACUAUGGCCAGGAACAAGCCCGUCUCUCUCGGGACACAUCAAUUCUCGUUGACGAAGUCUCCGAAGUCCAAUGGACUAAGCCCAUCCUGUCAUUUGUCACCCUCCGGACCUAUGAACCAUAUUUGAGACGAUUGGAUGGUCUCUACGUCGACCGCUUUGUCUAUGGGUGCGAUUGGGAUUCUUUCAUGGCUUCCUGCAUCAAAACUUGGCAACACAUUUUUGUCGCCUCUGUCGGCCUGCUUCUUCUGCAUGUUUUCUGCUUCUUCCUUCCUCUUUCCCCUUCUCUUGCUUGUGUCUCCAGUGGACUCUCGAGUCUCGCUCUCAUGACAUCCGUUCUCCUUAUAUACCGUCACGAAGAACUCGACAAGGCCGGCGCCGCUCCUGCCCACGAUUUCCUCCAAACCAUCUGCUCAACACGCUUCAAAUUCCAAGGAGUUGCCCUCACCUACGCCGCACCCAAAGCUUUCUUCCUCUGGAGCCUCGUCACAUUCUUCUCACAAUGGGCUAUCCUCCUCUGUCAACACCUAUCCUUCCACCACGCCGCGAUUUGCGUGGCCAUUGUCCUCGCCGUCCUCGUUUCUUUCCAAUACGCGACCUCCAGCGUCAAACUCACUCGCCCUGCCCUUUUCACAAAAACAAAGGACGAGGCUUCGAUGGUGUAG